UGAAUCAUUACUCGAUAAUUGAUUGAUGCGUCUGUAGCAACGGGGACACCUGUCGUGCAAAGUUUAAAUUUUGGAAUAAUCGUUCAAGAUGGUGAUGGUAAUUGCAGUGUUCGGUGCCUCAGGCACGCUGGGAAACUCUGUGGCACGAGCAUUAUUGAGAGAUUCAACGCACUUUCAAGUGCGCGCAGUGACACGCAAUCCGAACAAUCCUGACGUAUUGGCCUUAGCAGACAAGGGAGCAGUCGUCAUCAAGGCUGAUAUGAAUGAUCGGGAAAGUCUGGUUCCUGCGCUUAAAGGAGCAGACGGGUGCUUUGUAGCAACUAACGUACCAUUUUCAGAUCCGAUGUGUCAGGAACUUGAAUACCAGCAGGGAGAAUGCGUGGCUGACGUUUGCAUGGCCAUGAAGGUAAAACACAUCGUCUUCAAUGCUCAAAGUCACGUCAGCAAGGUCAUCGGAGUGAAAGCCAGACACUACGACGCAAAGGCCUACAUUAAUGACUACAUGAACGAAAGGGAACUUCCACUCACCAGUGUUAUCCUCCCAUUUGCGUAUGAGAACUUCCUCGGGGAAUUCAAGCCGGAGAAAUACCAGCAGCAUGAGUACACCAUUGGUAUACCUAUGGGAGACCUGCCCCUCAGCAUGAUGAGUGUCAAGCAACUAGGGGAAGCAGUGUAUUUCAUCUUCUGCAACCGUGCCAGCACCGUCGGAAAAACCUUCUCCCUAGUUGGUGACAAGCUCACAAUAAAAGAAAUUGCUUCCACUUUGACGUCGCACCUCAGACCUAAUGUUGUCAGAGAUAUGAAGAUUACACUUCCGGAAUUCCAGAAGCAGAACUGUUUGAACCCUGGCAAUGAUGACAUCACCAACAUGUUUGACUUUUUGCAUAAAGUCACCCAAAGGUUCAGCAUUGAGACUUCAAGAAAACUAAUCCCUGACCUUUUGACCUUUGACCAGUGGGUGUCUCAGAACAGGGAAACUAUUUUAAAGCUAAUUCUGAAAUGAAUUGUUUUCUAAGGUACAAUUUGGCCGUUGAAAAAAAGGACAUAGUUGGCCUCUGACAGGCACCCCCUGAACAAAGAUUUUGAAAAAUAUGGAGACCACUUACCAGGAUGGCUGGAAGGGCAAAGUUGGUAGAGCGUCCACAUGUUAAUUCAGAGGUUACAGGUUCUAACCCUGUUGUCUUCAAUUUGUUUUGACCCCCAAAUUUAAUUUAAAAUAUCCUGUUCGUUUCCCUUGUCAAUUGCUUUGAUUAACUUUCAAACAAUAAGCCACAAGGGAAACUGCGGGGUAAAUUUAAAAUGAUGUGGGGUUGAGAAAGAGUGUGACUUGAACCACUGACCUCUGGAUUGUUUUUUAAAUUAAGUGCCAAUAUACUUGUGUCAUAUUCUGAUUUCAUUGGUUUAUAGAAAAUAUUCCAACAACCGUCCAAUUGUACGUCUCAUUUUACAUUUUUUAUAAACAACAUACCUGAAAUUCAGAUGUAUAUAUAUUUGUCAGCAAUGAUAUUCAUUAUAAAUGCGUGUUAAAUGUACAUUCUUUUUGUGUGACCAUUGCAAUAAUAACGAUCUUUCUAAUUGUGAUAGGACUAAAAUUGGAAAACAUGAUGAUUUUUAAAAGGAUUCCAGCAACAGUGCAGAGGAAAAUCAUGUCCCAGAAAACAGAGGUGUAUUUAACAUUGAAAGAAUUGUAUAAUACUAAAUUGAAUUAGUAAAAAGGUAAAGUAAAGACCUCAUAAAAUGAUGCAACAGUUUUGGUAAUUUUUUCUCAAAUUGUCAAAUUUAAAAUUUAGAUUUAUACUGGUUUUUGUUAGAAAAGUAUACUUUUUAAGGAUUUCAUGGUUAAAUUUUGGCUUAACCUAUAACUGUAUUUGUAUUUGUAUAUUUUGAAUCAUUAUUUACAUUGUA